AAACGCACAACAUACUGAGUGCGUACACAGUGAAGACACCUUGACAUGGCUAACAGGCUCUCUGAGGAGGAGCAGGACCUGCACCACAUGAAGAGUGCAGCAGCAGAGUUCUACCGGCUCAACAGAGUCCCCCAGGAGCUAGAGAGGGCCCUGAACCAGCUCUUCAUCCACAGGCCCGAAGACGUUCACGGUUACCUGGCAGACUACUUUCAAAAGCUGUGUGCAGCCCCGAGGAUCAGCCGGCUGAGGGGAAAGGAGGUUUAUGAUGCAAGAGGACAACUCUCCAUUGAGGCAGAGGUCUUCUGCAUUGUCUGCAACAAAGAAAAGAGCAUGUCCUCAGCUGCUGUCUCCAGCCUCUCUGGGCCCAAGGAGGCUCUCCUGGACCAGCAGAGGGCUGCUGACGUGAGGACUGCUGCUCAGUGGAUCAAUGAGCCUCUGAGCACCAUGCUGAAGGGCACGAACCCCUGCGAGCAGUCCGAGGUGGACCACAUGCUCAG